GUGACAUUGUUUAAAUUAUUUCUCGAAUAGACGCACUUUUGGUGGAAUGAACCGUUUGUAAACAACGUAAAAAUGGAUAAAGUCAAUUAAACUGAAAAGUACAAACCUUAAAUAAGACUGGAAUCAUGCUACAAGAGAGCAAUAAUGAGUUUGUGGCACUCUCAGAUGUGGUACGGAAACAAUACGUUCUUUAUUUAGAGCGGCAGUUACAGGAGAAUGUUAAAGCCUGGGCGGCGAAAUCUCGAAACCAUCACAAACCCACUGCUUUGGCCUGGAUACCGCAGAGCGUGAUUCAACUGGAGGACAAGGCGUUGAAGGCAUGCAUGGCGGCACAAGUGUACCAAAGAGCAAUGGUCAAGAUGAUAGCCGUCGUAAGGAAAAACACUCAGGAAUGCCGGCUUGCCAAUAUUAUUUUUGACCAAAUUCAAUCUCAAGCUAGUCCUGUUAAAGGCGUGGAUGCGUCCAUCAAGCGCCACCAACUAGAAGAUAAGACCACGCAGACGGUUUGGAAUGAAUCUUAUAAUGGGUAUUUGUCUCAAACCGAGAGGGAUGAAUUUGGUAGCCAUGAACUCCAGCGAAAAAUCGAUUUAUUCCAAGCCAGCCUUGAGGAAUCUGAAACUCAAAACGAAUCGCUUUGUAAGAUAUGUCGCUGUAAAACAUUGAUCCCGGAGACGAAUCACAUGGAUACUCAGGGCUCACCCGAUUGUGAAACUGAGGACGAAGUAGCCCAAGAGCUGGCCAUGCUCUUUGGGGAUGAUCGCAUCGACCUAAAUGAUAUUUUUGGCAUUGAACCCACCGCUGCGACCGAUGAUCCACAGAUUUCGGCCAUACUGGAGGAGAUUGAAAAGUCCGAUCUGCCAUGCCCCAAAAAGACUGAAGAAACACCCUCACCCACACUUCCAUCCCUCUCACCCGCUCUGGAAAGGGAGCAAGAUCUCCGUAAGAGUCGUUGGCCCUGCGAACUCUACGCCCAAAGAAGGAGGCUGAAUGCCUGUCUGAUCCGCUCAUUAGAGGCCGACUGGCGCUGUGAGGAUAGACUGAAGGACAUGUUCCGUGACCUCUUCGGCGAGGACAGCGAUGACGACUUCGCCACUCAAAUCUCGAGCCCCUCAAUCGAUAUGCUGGACGAGGUGCUGCUGGCCAGCUGCACGCGGCGGAUAUGUCCGUGGAUUGUUUGUCAGUUGAUGGGUCCUCUGCAAGAUGGUCUAAUUGCCAAUCGAUUCCUGUUCAAGAAGUUAGCCAAACUGCUGGCUAAUUCGAUUGUUAUGAUAAACCCUUAUUGCUCUGAGCAGCAAAUCAAAAAGGCAGUGGAGAGUUUGUUUUGCAUGAGGCCUGGAGGAAUUCAGAGCGCUUAUGAUCUGAGCAACCUGCCGCCCCUGGACGUGGAAAAAUUCGAUACCUAAUGGGUAUUGAUAAGUUGUAGAUUAAUAUAUUUAAGCAUCAGAAGACCCGUGUUAUCAGAAGAUAAGAAUACGCAUUUCAUUUUGCCAUAUCAGUAUUCAUUUCCAUUCAAAUUGUUGCUCGAUUAAGUUUCAAAACUUAUAGAUUUAAAAAUAAAUUAAAAGGCAAAACUAAUUUUGAGCUUCUGAGGGUAUCUAAUAUCUACCAGGGUCUGCGAUCCUAAUUUUUACUUCAAUACACUUCCCAGUUUUGAAUUUUUUUUGUAAUUAAAAAAUUAUUUGAAACACCAUCCAUUUUUUUUUUUGUUUUUGUGGUUUCUUUAAAUUAUAAUUAAUUCAAUGAUUACAAUAAUUUUUCUUGCUGCACAUCUCUUCUCAUUUUUUAUAAUUAUAUAAAUUUUAAUAUAUUUAAUAAACGAUACAUAAUAUAGUUUUCCUUUUUGACGAAAUUGCUGCGGCGGACAC